GGCGGACAUUCUCCCUCCAAACUCUCUCCGCGACUCUACCGCACAUCCACUGUGCAUCCUCCCUCGUACCACAUUCCGUUCAUGCCGCCCUCCUCGACUGCUUUUCACCCUCCUAUAACCAGGUGUGGUGGUCCCUUCCCCUUACUUACGCUGCUUGGAUAUGUCCGCAUCGGAUUGCGCUCAUUUUCCACAGACCAACGACCGAGGUCAAUUGUCUCGGCCACUGACUACUGUACCAAGGUCUAUCCAUCCCGAUGAUGAUGCUUCCUGUACUAGUACUGCAGAACUGGCACUCGUCUCCUUAUGCUUCCCUUUCCGAUCCAAGUCGUCCCUGUACUUUCGGCCACCUCGGAGCUUGCAGACUCCUGCUGGACGGCACGCGGAAGCAGGAGAGGGAAUAUGUGUAAGCCACAUACGUGCAAGCGGAUGCUGAAGAGGCAGAGCGCCGACUGCUCGUAUAUGGAACAGCACUUCUGUUUUCGUGUUGAAUCGAACUCACGAGUUUGCCACAUCUGCCUUUUGGAACUUGAUCAGGCUUUGACAUCACAACAUGCCCUGCCCACCUAGGCCAGCGAAGUUGUUGAGAUUGCGAAGUGACAAGAGACGACAGACCCCGUUCAAGUUGUAAGCUUCAAGGUUUUAGGAGAUUAACACCUUUAGCAGCGACACACAACGCAAAUAUCAGUGGCUCUGCCUCCUCCAUCAUUCUGCAUCAGUUAUGCUGACAGUCAAGACGAGCCCCUAUGUCUUCCUGCGCCGAUCGAUGGAUACCCAAACCGGUCCCAGUCUCGGUUUUCUUCAUCCUGCCUGUCCUUCCACCAUCCGUCAUUACAGUCAUAGCCUCAAAUGUCUUCAUCCACAGGUUCUUGUCGUCUAAGCGCUUCGCAGUAGCUUUCCUCCUCAAACCACCAUCCCUCAAUCGACUCGUUUUCCCAGCUUUCGGUCGCAAGGGGAGUUUGUCCAGCAAGCCCUAGAUCAGAGCAACAGUGGAUGAUGGCGCGCACCUCCUCCGGUGUGUAUUUCUCAAUGAACGCCGUUGCCUUGAUCUCGCGGGCGAUUGUACUGGCUCGAAGUCCUCGGUCGUGGAGCUGCAUGAUCGCCCGACAUGUGCUCCCCUUCACCAACAUCCUCUUCACAGCCAAAUAAGGUGGGAACGCGCAUAAUCGCUCAACUGGAGCUUUCCGGUCAUGCCCAGUGGCCUGGAUAUUCAUCGGCGCCCUGUCUGCAGACAUAUCCAUGGUGUUGUGGCCACUGUCCUCUUUUACAUUGCCUGCUCGUUCUUCAAUAUCCGGGUCUCCAGAAAACCACUCGGCCUCGAAUCCAUAUUCGCUCGAUGAAUUUUGUUUGUCUUGGUGUUCGACAGGAUGCUCAAUGUUCUGGGCUCGUAAUCGCCCUCGGUAUCUUUGCUCCUGCUGGAUCGAGAGAAGCUCAUCCGGCUUGUAUUGAUGUGUGGAACACGAGGGAUAUCGCGCCAUAAGCGCAGCGUGAUCGGUUCGAUAUGGCCGUAGGCCUGUCACGGAUGGGAGAGAGCCGUAGGGAGCGCGGUAUCGGGAUACGAAGAAAGGCCAAAAGACCUGUGAUAAGAUUGCUUAUGGUGGAGCGAGACAUUCGUUGAUGGUAGAUUGCGCAUAUCAAGUAUCCGCGCAGGUAUUUUACGGUACCGGAUGGGCAUGUCGUAGGCAAGGCACGCUUAAGAUGCACCAGUAUCAAGUUGGUCAACGCGACUGGAGUGAAGCAAACAGGUCGCCCUAAUCGAGGUACUCGAGAGGAUUCAAGCGUGCAUGGAGCGGCGCCACAGGCUGGGGAUUCAUUGCUAGCAUGACCUGUUUUCUUACAAGGAGCCAAAUCACGGCGUGUGAAGGACGAAAUACUCGGAUCAGGACGUGAAACUCAUUUUAUCCUAUCAGACCAGGUCAUACAAUAAGCUAGCAAAUCAAUGUCGCCCUUCUGGAGUCCAGGUUGACCUCGAUGUAGUUGGGGAAAGCUAGUUGGGUACGGCCACUGGUUCUGCAGUUUGAAGCACAGCACAAGAGAA